AUGGUUCCCGGUCACGACCUGAUUCGGCAGAUUUGCUCGUUUGCCCCAGAAGAUGGAAUAUUCACUAGGGACGGCUUGGCAGACUCGCAGCCGCCGCUGCUAGAUAACACGUCUCUAGCACCGAUCAAAACGGACACCUUUGGCAAACCAAGGAAGAUCUGCCACCAGCUGGCUUACUGGAACAGGAAUCGGAGAAUCGGAAGCUUCCUCCUCCGCAACCUCAGCUCCGCGUCAGCUCUCGACGGCGCAAGUAAGGUCCCACUGCUGCUUCGAAAACUGUCUCCUGCGGCCCACCAGCGGUUCGUGGACUACAUCCUUCCGGCUUUGCCGAAGCACAAGACGUUCGAGCAGACAGUCGACAUCCUGAAGGCGAUCUUCGGCGAGGGGAUCUCUACGUUCCGGAAGCGGUUCCGCUGUCUCCAGACGGUGAAAAGCGGCCACUUCAUCAGCUACUCCGCGACGGUGAACCGCCGUUGCGAGGAGUUCAACAUCGGCGCGACGAAGGCGGACCAGUUCAAGUGUUUGGUCUACGUCUGCGGCCUGCAGUCACCGAACGACGCGGAGAUCCGGAUGCGGCUGAUCAACCGGAUGGAGAUGGAGCCGGAGAAGGUGACCCUGGCGUCGCUGGUCGACGAGUGCAACCGACUCGUGAACCUCCGGAAAGACACGUCGAUGGUGGAAACGCAGGAGAUCAAGGCCAUCUAUCAACCCACCAACCAAGGUAACCGGUUCAAGCCGACGGAUCUACCCAAGACGCCCUGCUGGUUGUGCGGAGGAGUCCAUUUUGUUCGCGAUUGUGGCUACUCUUCGCAUCGCUGCUCGAUGUGCCAUCAGAUCGGCCACAAAGAUGGCUACUGCGCGUGUGUUCGACCGUCGAAACAAAAUGGUGGACACGCCGACAAGCCACAGCGGAAGCCAGCAGCCCAGGGCCAGCAAGGACGACCUUGGAAGAAGGAUAACCGCGGAUCCAGAAACCAGAAGCCGUAUUCGACGAGGAUCGUGUGUUGCCGGCAGGUACAGGCAAGUUCUGGGAGGAAAUUCGUCGAAGUUGCUAUCAACGGACAGCAAGCACACCUCCAAAUCGAUUCUGCCUCCGACAUCAGCACAAGCGCUCGAGCAUCAACUGCCUCGGGAUCUCAGCUGCAGCUGACGUCACAGUUCAAAGCCUACGUGACACUCCAGGGCGUCGACCGAGAGGGAACCAUCUACGUCACGAACGCCAACCUCAACAUCCUCGGCAUCGACUGGAUCGAACGGUUCGGUCUCUGGGACGUGCCGAUCAGCAGCGUGUGUCAGGCCAUCAAGAUGCUCAAGGGGACCGAGAUCGACGAGUUGAAGGUGAAGUAUGCGGACGUCUUCUCUGAACAACCGAGCGUGUGCAGCUGUGUUGACGUACAGCUCAGCGUCAAAGAUGGCGCCAAACCGGUGUUUCGCCCCAAACGGCCUGUGGCGUACGGGUCGCUGCAGCUCGUCGAAGAGGAACUGGAUCGCCUUGAGAAACGUGGGAUCAUCACGCCGGUCACGUACUCCGAAUGGGCCGCUCUGAUAGUGGUGGUUCGGAAGGCGGACAAGUCUGUGCGGAUUUGUGGCGACUACUCAACUGGGCUCAACGACGUCCUCGAGCCCCACCAGUACCCAUUGCCCACACCGGCCGAGAUCUUCGCCAGCCUGGCCGGAGGUCAAGUUUACAGCAUUCUGGACAUGCGCGACGCCUACCUGCUGCUCAACGUGGCAGAACCGUCCAGGAAGUACCUGACCGUGAACACCCACAGAGGCCUGUACCAGUUCAACCGUGUUCCUUUCGGCAUAAAACCGGCGCCGGGCGCAUUCCAGCAGGUCAUCGACACAGCGCUCGCCGGCCUGCCCAGUGUCAAGGCCUACCUGGACGACAUCAUCGUCACCGGCAGAACCAUCGAGGAGCACAAGCGAAACUUGGAGGAGGUUCUGCGUCGUCUUCAGAAGUUCGGCCUGCGCUUGAAGCUGGAAAAGUGCAAGUUCUUCGAACGGUCGGUGAAGUACUUGGGUCACAUCGUGGAUCAGAACGGCACUCGACCUGAUCCAGAGAAGACGAAGGCCAUCGCGGAAAUGCCGGCGCCCACUGACGUCUCCACCUUGCGGGCGUUCUUGGGGGCAAUCAACUAUUACGGCAAGUACAUCCCGCACAUGAGGAACCUGCGAUACCCCCUGGACAACCUCCUGAAGUCGUCGCAGACCAAGUUCCUGUGGACCGCCGAGUGUCAGCGCAGCUUCGUGACCUUCAAGCGGAUUUUGCUGUCCGACCUGGCCCUCACCCACUACGAUCCGUCACUGCCGAUCGUGGUGUCCGCCGAUGCGUCCAACGUCGGCCUGGGUGCCUGCAUCCAACACGUGUUCCGCAACGGUUCAAGGAAGACCGUGUACCACGUGGCCAGAUCGUUGACGAAGGCUGAGGCGAACUACGGCCAAAUCGAAAAGGAGGGUCUUGCCCUCAUCUUUGCGGUAACCCGGUUCCACCGCAUGAUCUUCGGCCGUCACUUCACGCUCCAAACUGACUACAAGCUGCUGCUGGCCAUCUUCGGUUCCAAGAAAGGAAUCCCCGUCUACGCUGCGAACCGUCUCCAGAGGUGGGCGGUGACACUGCUCAACUACGAUUUCGACAUCGAGUACGUGCGCACGACGGAAUUCGGCAACGCAGACGUCCUCUCAAGGCUGAUCAACCGCUGUGCCAAGCCUGAGGAGGAUUUCGUGAUCGCAGCCGUGACGCUGGAAGCAGAUCUGGACGAGGUACUUCGUGUGACGCUAAAUUCCUGUAACCUUCCUCUCAGUUUCAGGACCAUGCAAGUCGCAACCGCAAAAGACGCGAUUUUGCAGCAAGUCCAGAAGCAUCUGCGUUCCGGUUGGCCACAGUCGAAGAAGCAGCUUCGCGCUGAAAUUCAACCCUACUUCGAGGCCCGCGAAUCACUCUCGCUGGUCCACGAUUGCAUCCUCUUCGGAGAACGCCUGGUAGUGCCAACCAUCUACCGUUCCAAGGUCCUCAAGCUGCUGCACACCGCACACCCCGGCAUCGAGCGCAUGAAGGCUUUGGGAAGAAGUUACGUGUACUGGCCUAACAUGAGCCCUGACAUCCGUGAUCUGGUCCUGCGGUGCUCCCAGUGCGCUGCCGCUGCUAAAGCGCCAGCCCGUGCCAUUCCUCAACCGUGGCCGAAGUCGACGAAGCCGUUCCAGCGACUACGCUGGGCCUUACCACGACCAGUACUUCCUUGUCGUCGUGGAUUCGUUCUCCAAGUGGCCGGAGAUCGUACCAACCGGGACCAUCACAACCACUGCGACGAUUGCGAUGCUCCGAGAGAUUUUUUGUCGCUUCGGAAUGCCGGAGAAGCUCAUCUCCGACAACGGCCGCCAGUUCACCGCUGACGCAUUCCUGGACUUCUGUAUGCAGAACGGGAUUGAGCACGUUCGUACGCCGCCCUACCCCGAGCAUGGGUAAAUAACAAGGGAAAUGCGUAAUAAUACCUUUCUCUGGUAUCAAUACCAAAUUUUGGUAUUCCUGGACCCUUUAAAAUUUGUCUUAAGGAUUAUGCAAGAGCAAAAUGUGGUAUCAUACCAAUUUAAGGUAUUGUUUUGAUAUUGCAAAAUUGCAGAAUUUGUCAAUGGUCGAACACCACAUUUUGGUAUUCUUUUGGUAUUACAGUAUUUUAUCAAAUUCCUCUGAAACUAUGGGAAAAUUUUGACCAAUUUUGACAGAAUAAUUAAUUUUGCGCUAAAAUGAUGUCUCAAAGCGAAUGCUUUCAUUAAAAUCCGGAAAUUUCAAACUUGAUUUUAAACAUUUUUGAUAUACCCGCUACAGAAAUGACUUGAAAUUGUGGAAAAUUUUCUAAGUCAGGAUGGCACAUUUUGGUAUUAUUUUGGUAUUGAAGUGUUUUAUCAAAUUCCUCUGAAACUAUGGGAAAAUUUUGACCAAUUUUGACAAAAUAAUUAAUUUGCGCUUCUCAAAGCGAAUGCUUUCAUUGAAAACCGGAAAUUUCAAACUUGAUUUUAAACAUUUUUGAUAUACCCCCUACAGAAAUGACUUGAAAUUGUGGAAAAUUUUCUAUGUCAGGAUGGCACAUUUUGGUAUUAUUUUGGUAUUGAAAGGUUUCAUCAAAUUCCUCUGAAACUAUGGGAAAUUUUUUAUAAAUUUUGACGAGAUAAUUAAUUUUGCGCUAAAAUGACUUGAAACCCAAAAAUGUUAAAGCUGAUUUUAAUUUUUUUUAAAACGUUGAAAUUUCUCUAAGUCGGGAUAACCAAAUACUUUGAAAAACAAAAAAUAUUGAAAUUUGGUGAAUUUCAAUCCAGUUUCAUUUUAAUAACACUUAUUUUUCAAUCUUGUUAUUUUUCAGAAUCUUCAAGAACUUCAAGCACAGGCCGUCAAUGACAAAUGCAUUCGAUGUGGUGAAGAAUAUCACUAAGAACAACAUGGAAUCAUCAGGUGAGUAGAUUUGGCGAUUGCAUAUGGAUCAUUUCCGUUUUUUCACUAACUGCAACUGCUGCACUAAAAAUGGUAUGAAAAUACCAAAUUUUGGUAUUACUUGUGCAAAUAUCAACGACCAAAAUGUGCUCUUGGUUGCCCAGUAAUAGAUGGUAAAAUACCAUGAAAUCAUACCAAAAUCAUGUAUGUGGAAGACCACAGGAAUACCAAAAUAUGAUUUUCCAAGGGCGCGGGAAUACCUAAAAUUAAACCAUGGCAAUACCAAGUUUUGGUAUUCAAGCAAUGUUCAAAAAUCCAGAAGACCUCAACUUGGUAUUGAAAUGGUUUUAUUUUGAGGUAUUAUUUUACCCUUGCAAUAACACGGUUUGGUAGUGUUGUGCCCUUCCACAUACAAGACUUUGGUAUGAUUUCAUGGUAUUUUACCAUCUAUUACUGGGCAACCAAGGGCACAUUUUGGUCGCUGUUAUUUGCCCAAGUAAUACCAAAAUUUGGUAUUCCCGUGU